AUGGGCGACGUUUUUGACUGUGUUUUCCACCAUGGGGGGAAGUUGAUUACUGAUGGUACGUUGAAGUAUGAAGGAGAGACACCAACUUUGUCCUUUAACCCUGAUGUCUGGAGUUAUUUUGUGGUUGUUAGUGUAGUGAAAAGUUUUGGAUAUGAUAACUUUAAAGAAUUAUGGUACUGUGUAGGAGGGGGUUCAGUUUUGGAAAAUAGGUUGGAAGAAUUGAGGGAUGACACUGGUGCCAUGCAUAUGGCUAACUUAGGUAGGCUUAAUGACGAGGUUCAUUUAUACGUUAUACAUGUUGUUUCGGAGCCUGAAGUGAUAAAUAUGGUUGAGUAUGUUACUAAUGAUGAAGGACAAGUUCAUGAUGAUGGUGAAGUACAAGAAGACGAUGAAGUUGAGGGUGAAGAACACGGUGAUGGUGAAGUUGAUGGUGAAGUUGAGGGUGAAGUUGAGGAUGAAGAUGUUAAUUGUGUUGAAGGAGUUGUGGAGGACCAAGGUCAUGUUUCUAGUUGGAGUACAUCUACUAAUGAACGUGAUGAACAUGAAAAUAAUGAGUGCUUAGAGGGACUUGUGGAUGUGAGUGUUCAAUGUGAUGUAGAUGGUGAUAUAGAUGGUAAUGUGGAAGUGGAAGUAGAAGUAGAAAGUCUUCAAGACAAUGAUGAUGUGAGUGUUGAAAGUGAUGAUCAUGAUGAGAGAGAUUUGUCGGAUGAGGAGUGGAAAUCUGAGGAAUUACUUACUGCAACAAAUAGUGAUGAUGAGGUUAAUGACAUUGAAGGUUAUGGGAGGUUUAGUACUUUUUGUAUGCCAAAAAGUAUGGUGGACUUUACAUGGGAAGUAGGGACUUUUUUUACAAAAAAGCAAGAUAUUGUAGAUGCUUUAAAAGGGUAUGCGUUGGAAAAUGGUAGGAAUAUAAAGUUUGUCAAAAAUGACAAAAAUAGAUUGAGGAUGAAGUGCUUUGGUGCAAAAGGAGAAUGCCCCUGGACCAUAUAUUGUGCUUAUAUGGAGGCUGAGAAAUCAUGGCAACUGAGAACUAUAAAUGACAUUCACACAUGUAGCAGGGAGUUCAAUCUCAAGUUGCUUGAUGCCAAGUGGUUGAGCUCAAAGUUGGAGAAAACAAUAAGGGAAAAUCCCAAAAUGAAGGGUGGAGAUAUUCGGGAAAAAGUUCAAAGGAAGUGGAACAUAGGUAUAUCUAGGGAUAUGGCUUAUAGAGCCAAAGCUAUUGCUUCUGAGCACAUUGAUGGGUCCUUUAAAGAACAAUAUAAGAGGAUAUAUGAUUAUGCACAUGAGUUGUUGGCAAGAAAUCCCGGAUCUACAAUUAAAGUGGUUGUUGACAAUAAUGAUGAUAAGAUAAUUUUCAAAAGAUUUUACUGUUGUCUGAAGGCAUGCAAAGACAGUUUUCUUUCUUGUAGGCCAAUAAUUGGACUAGAUGAGGCCUUUUUGAAAGGGAAGUAUGGGGGUGAGUUGUUAACGGUUGUUGGGAGAGAUGGAAAUGAUCAAAUGUUGCCCAUUGUAUAUGCGGUGGUAGAAGGGGAAAACAAAGAUUCAUGGUUGUGGUUUUUGAAUCUUUUGAUUGAUGAUCUUGGUGGUCAAGAAGGUCUACUACCAGCAAUACAAGAGCUACUCCCUGGUGUUGAUCAGAGGUUCUGCGUGAGACACUUAUAUUCAAACUUUAGGAAGAAAUUUCCAGGUAAAAAUCUAAAAAAACUGAUGUGGAGGGUAGCUACUGCCACUCAUCCACAAAAUUGGGAGAGGGAAAUGAGAAACAUUAAAGAUGUCAAUGAAGACGCAUUCAAGCAUUUGAUGGCCAUCCCUCCAAGGUACUGGUCAAAGUCCAGAUUCAAUCCAAGACCAAAAUGUGACACAUUGGUGAACAAUAUGAGUGAGGCAUUUAACAGUGUAUUGCUUCAUACCCGGACUAAACCAAUCGUUACAAUGCUGGAAGAAAUCAGGGUGUACAUCAUGCAAAGAUGGGCAACAAACAGGACUAAGAUACAGUCCUUUAGAGGACCAAUUUGUCCAAAAAUCCUGAACAGAUUUGAAAAGGAAUCCCAAUCAACCAAGAACUGGAUUCCUAGCUGGUCAGGAAAUAAAUUGUUUGAAGUUAGACACGUCUCCCACAUUGGAGACAAAUAUGUUGUGAACAUAGACGACUUGUCAUGCUCCUGCAGGAGAUGGAGCAUCACGGGAAUCCCAUGUUGCCACUCCUUAGCCGCAAUGAAGUUUCUGAAUAUUGAUGGACAACAAUUCAUUCCAACUUGCUUUAUGAAGUCCACCUAUGAAGAAACAUAUGCAUCAAUCGUAUUUCCCAUCAACGACAACAACAUGUGGGAGAUACAACCAUAUCCGGAUGUUAUGCCUCCUUACAAAAAAGUUAUGCCUGGAAGACCUAAAAGGAAAAGAAGAAUGGAACAGUGGGAGCUCAAAAAAGAUGAAUCUCGAAUGACGAAGGCUGGUUUGCGUAAGAGAUGUGGCCUAUGUAGGGAGCUUGGGCAUAACAGGAGUCGUUGCCCCAAAGUUACUCCUUCAUCACAACCUGUAAUGCCAUCAUCCUAA